UGGAGAGCAGGAAGAGAUACACUGGAGAGAGGAAGUCCCACUAUCCCUCUAUCCAUCACUCCAUCCAUCUCACUCUAGAUACAGUUGGCGUAUUCCUCUCGUGGUGCUGCAGGAUUUUGGUUUGGAUCCCACAGGACGUGAGGUCAGCAGAAGGGAUGGCACAAAAACUCUGAUGCAGCUGAUUUUUUGUGGGAAUAUGUGUCUGUGUCCUGCCUGGAAUACCGCUCUGCCCAAUAAUAAGGACUGAGGGUUCAUCAGGAAGUACCGUCACAUCAUUUUCCCCGACGCUUCUUUCAUGCCCAGAAGAGGAAGCGUGGAGGAGAGAAGUGGACAAUGGAACGAGUGGGAACAGGUUUAAGCGGCUUGGAGAAGGAGGUGUAAGAAUAUGGCGAGAUUUUGUUGUGAUUCCUGGUGUGCAGAAGUGACCUUUGACACAGGAGACAAGAGCUUUCUAGACACUCUUGUAAACUGCCGUAACAAGCGAAGCUGACAUCCAGUCAUCAACCAGACACUUUUAAUUCAUCAUCAGUCACUUAUUGACCUUGCUCUCUAGACUCAUGUCUCAAGGAAAUGGUUUGAAGCUUUUGACAGCAUGACAGAGAGAGUUAUUGGAGUGAUCUGUGGUGUCAUGCUGUUUUGAAGACUUCGGGGAAGUAUUUUAAUCUUCCUACAACCUACUUUUAAGCUGCCUCUCAUCUUUCUUUUAAAUUGGCUUCCUAUGUUCCUUGGCUCUACGUGGAAUUUUUUUCAAUCUUUUGUCUAGCAGGAAAGUAGCUUUCUACUUAAGUCUUUCCACUUAAAGACUGUGGGUUCUCAGCAGAAGAAUACGCCAAAUAAAGUUUUUAAAUCCAUGACCGCUUUUAGCAUGACUAUGUUUCUCUGUCACUGGAUGCUAACACUAAACUUUAUGGAUCCUUUACUUUUCCAAAGGAAGCUUCACGCUGCUAUAUGGUUUACUAUGAAUCAUUUCAUAUUUUAAGCCACUCACUGACAUCCUUAGAAAACUCUGGAUUGGUCAUCUGUAUUUUUGUGAAAUCUAUUUUACCAGGCAGCAUGCAGCAAUCGCUGGACUGAUGCAGAUCGGAGCAGCUGCAGGGAUGAACCGCUGGAGCAGGGAAAACACUGGGAAUGCCAGUAAAUCAGACAAAAGUGGGCCGCACACAGGGAGGCUGAUGAUGCUGAUGUGGAUUAUCCUCCACAGCUCCCUGUGCCUGAUGGUUGAUGGUCAGAUGAAGAUCCCACCAGAAACGGUGCAGCAAUGGGCUGUGUCAUUUGGUAAAGAACUAACUGCCUUGUCUGCCAGAUACUCUGGAGCCAAACUGCUACAAAAGAAAUACAAGGACAUUGAGGGUGUGGUGAAGAUAGAGGAGGUGGAUGGAAUGGAACUAGUAAAAAAGUUUGCUGAAGAGAUGGAGGAGAUGCUUGGGAGGAAGAUGAAAUCUGUCAAGCGGUUAGCUGAAGCUGCAGAGGAGGCUGAUUUUUACCACAUGUACAAUGAAACACUGGAGUUUGACUAUUAUAAUUCCAUGCUGAUCAAUACGGUGGAUGAGGAUGGGAAUCCUGUGCCGCUGGGUGGAGAAUUCACACUGGAGGAAAAUGAACACUUCAAUAAACUGCCAGUCAACACACAACAGAGUAACAUUCAAGUUCCUACCAAUGUCUACAACAGAGAUCCAGACAUUCUGAAUGGAGCUUAUAUGUCUGAGGCUCUGAAUGAUGUCUUCAUUGAUAACUUCCAGAAAGAUCCAACCCUGACUUGGCAAUACUUUGGCAGCUCUACAGGCUUCUUCAGGCUGUACCCAGGAAUCCAGUGGAUUCCAGAUGAGAAUGGUGUGGUUACCUUUGAUUGUAGAAACAGAAACUGGUACAUCCAAGCAGCCACUUCUCCUAAAGAUGUGAUAAUAGUGGUGGAUGUCAGUGGCAGUAUGAAGGGGCUGAGGCUGACUAUAGCUAAACACACCAUCAACACAAUUCUGGACACACUGGGAGAAAAUGACUUUGUUAACAUCAUAGCUUACAGUGACUAUGUUCGCUACGUGGAGCCUUGUUUCAAGGGCACACUGGUCCAAGCUGAUCUGGAUAACAGAGAGCAUUUCAAGCUUUUGGUUGAAGAGCUUCAUGUCAAAGGAGAGGGCAAAGUGAAAAAGGCAAUGAAGGAAUCUUUCAAGGUCCUUAAUGAGGCUACAGCAAUGGGCCAGGGAAGCCUGUGCAACCAAGCAAUCAUGCUGAUAACAGACGGAGCCAUGGAAGACUUCCAGGAUGUCUUUGAAGAGUUUAACUGGCCAGAGCGACGGGUACGAGUGUUCACGUAUUUGAUUGGACGAGAGAUGACAUUUGCUGAAAAUGUGAAAUGGAUUGCCUGUAACAACAAGGGCUACUAUACACACAUCUCCACACUGGCUGAUGUCCAGGAAAACGUCAUGGAGUAUCUCCAUGUUCUCAGUCGGCCAAUGGUCAUCAAUCAUGAUCAUGACAUCAUCUGGACAGAGGCCUAUAUGGACAGUGUGUUUCCAAACACAAUGGAGCUGUUCAACACUCAGGCCCAAAGCCUCCUAUUGAUGACGUCAGUAGCCAUGCCUGUGUUCAGCAAGAAGAAAGAGACCCUGUCUCAUGGGAUUCUGCUGGGCGUCGUAGGAACAGAUGUGGCACUGAGAGAACUCAUGAGAUUAGCUCCAAGAUACAAGCUUGGUGUCCAUGGUUAUGCCUACCUCAUCACCAACAACGGCUACAUCUUGUCUCACCCUGACCUGCGACCCCUGUAUAAAGAGGGCAAGAAACUGAAGCCAAAACCCAACUACAAUAGUGUUGAUCUGUCAGAAGUUGAAUGGGAGGACACUGAGGAGAUGCUGAGGACGGCUAUGGUUAAAGGAGAAACUGGAACCAUGUCCUUAGAUGUGAGGACUUCAGUCGAUAAGGGGAGGAGAGUGAUGUUUCUGAAGAAUGACUACUUCUACACAGUCAUCAAUGAAACACCAUUCAGUCUGGGUAUAGUGUUGUCGAGAGGAUACGGACAGUAUAUCUUCUUAGGAAAUGUCUCUGUUGAGGAGGGCCUUCAUGAUUUACUUGCUCCAGAUCUUACCAUAGCCAGUGAAUGGACUUACUGUGAGACAGACAUUGAUCCAGCUCAUCGAAAACUGACCCAGCUACAGGCUGUGGUGCGAUACCUCACCGGCAAAGAGCCUGACCUCGAGUGUGAUGUACAGUUGUUGCAGCAGACUCUAUUUGACGCUGUGGUCACAGCUCCUAUAGAAGCUUAUUGGACUGCCAUUAUGCUCAACACAUCUGGUAUGGACGAGGGGAUUGAAACAGCAUUCUUGGGGACCCGUUCAGGCUUGAUGAGAUUUCAGAGGUACACUGGUAUUGAGAAAAGAGUUGGCAGGUCUUUCCUGACCUCCGCAGACAAGGAGAAUAUGUUCACCUUGGAUCAUUUCCCAGUGUGGUACCGCAGAGCAGCUGAGUACCCGGCUGGACAGUUUCUGUACUACAUGCCUAGACAGGAGACUAGAGCAGGGAGGAUAGUGAUAGCAACCACUGCUGUCACUGUGACAGUGGGAAAGAAAACUGCCAUUGCUGGAGCUACUGGUGUCCAGAUGACUUUGGAGUUGAUGGAGUCCAGAUUCUGGGCUAUCACAGCUCAGCCAAAUGACACAGAUUGCUCAGAUGUCGAGGGGAUUUGUCCUUUACGCUGUGACAGCUAUGAUAUUGAGUGCUAUGUGAUUGACAAUAAUGGCUUUGUCCUCAUUUCUAAACGACGCAAUGAUGCAGGAAGGUUUUUUGGUGAGAUUGAUGGAUCAGUGAUGACCACACUGAUCAGGAUGGGCAUGUUCAAAAGGGUGUCCUUGUUCGACUACCAGGCCAUGUGUAAGAUGAACUCACACUCUGUCAGCAGUGCCCGACCACUUUUCAGUCCAUUCUACGGUUUGGCUUCCACCCUCAAGUGGUUCCUUUCCAACUUCCUACUGUUUCUCCUGGAGUUUAAUAUCUGUGGCCUCUGGCACACUGAACAUUUUGCUGACGCCAAGCCAUCUUUCAGUGUGUCUUCAGUUCAUAAGAAAAAAGGGGACAUCCUGCAGCCAUGUGACACAGAGUACCCAAGCUUCGUUUACGAGCCGUCAGUCAAAGAAACCAACAGCAUUAUUAAGUGUGGACGCUGCCAGAAGAUGUUUGUUGUGCAGCAGAUACCAGACAGCAACCUGCUGAUGUUGGUGGUGCAGGCCGACUGUGACUGCUCCAGACAAUACUCACCCAUCACUAUGGAGCCCAAAGAAGUCAAAUAUAACGCCUCAGUGAAGUGUGACAGGAUGAGGUCACAGAAGAUUCGGCGGCGUCCGGAGUCCUGCCAUGCUUAUCACCAACAGGAGAAUGCCGACGACUGUGGAGGAGCUUCUUCUAUAUUGCUCUCUACAUCACUCUUCAUGUUGUGUCUGUCCUCUUUGGCACUUAUCUCCUGAUGAUGGACAACAGUGCCGACAACAGAUUUUAUUCUAAACCUGAAAUCUGUCAGAACACUGGAUGCCAUGACUAGAUUUUUUAAGACUUUUUUUGCACUUUCGCUCAUUGCAACCACAAAUCCUUGUCACUCUUGAGAGAUCUUUUGAGUGGUCGAUGGCCAUUUGUUGCUUAACUCGAUGAAAUGAUUACAUCUGAACGGAAAACUACAAAGAACUCUAAUGGGCUGUUGCCAUGGAUACGUUUCCAAUAGUUUAUUUCUCUACACGUAUUUAGCAUCACAGAAACAAAGGAACUGAAGAGAUGUUGAUAUUUAUGACACUCAUUGAUAAAAGGGCACAAACAUGUAUCUCAUUUCUCACUAUAAUGAAUCCUGCUGACAUACAUGCAUUUUAUAUUUACACCACUGGAAAUGUGCAAAUCUCCACACGCACACAACAAAUGCUUUUUAUCAUGAUCUUUUCAUCUACAAACUAAAAAAAAUACCCUUUUCUAUAUGUUGGAUGGUAACAGCCACAGGAAGAAGGUGUUGAGUGUGUUGUUUUAUACAGCUGUUGAGGCAGAAUAAUAAUCAAACAAUCAAAACAGCUUUGAUUUGAGAGGGUCAUGAAAUUUGUAAGCUGCUUUCUUUUUUAAGUUUUUACAUUAUGUCCCCCAUAAUUGCUUCUGUGGCAGUUUUUUUAUUGUCUGUCUGCCUUUUUGGCUUUAUCACGUGUGUCUUUCUAUGUAUGUGUACAUACUGUAUUAUGUAAUGAUGUCCAUCUGGGUUUAUCACUGAGGAACCUAGAGGUUCCACUGUAAUUCCACAGGGUAAUCAACAUACUUUACACAUUCAGCUGUUUUUUACUGACACUUCUCAAUUUGCAAAUUGCUUCUAUAUGUUUUAUGAACAUCGUUUGUAGUCCUCAAAAGUUUAAUACUUGCCAAAACACUAAUGUUACAUUCUCAUCUUCCAUCCAUCAGUUUGUUUUUUUUUAUUUAACCCUUAUUUAACCAAGUUGGUCCCACUGAGAUGGGGGAUCUCUUUUACAAGGAAGACUUGGCCAAGACGGCAAUGAUACAGUCACAUCAUUACAGUUUUACAAUAAUAAAAGCAAUUUUCUGUGCCACUUAGUCCUCAUGAGGGUCAUGGGUGUGCCAGAGCCCCUCCUAUGGGCGAAGGCAGGGUUCACCUUGAAUGUGUCGCUCGUUCAUUACAGGAUGACAUAUACAGACAAAGAAUCAUUCCAUGACACAUUUACACCUAUGGGUGAUGUAGACUGACCAAUAACCUAUUAAGGUGCUUGUCUUUGGAUGGUGGGAGGAAGCUUGAGUACCUGGAGAGAACCCACACCGACACAGGGAGAACAUGCCAACUCCACACAGAACAGCCCACAGUGGUCAGCGCUGGAAUCAAAGCCUUCUUGCUGUGAGGCAAUAGUGCUAACCACUGCACCAUCGCGUCACCUCAUUCACUUGUCUUUUAUUUUGAUAUAUUUUCUGCAACCUGGAAUUCGGACAUAUGUCUGAGGCUUUAUUUUUCAAGCUUCAUGAUCUGCAAAUAUGAUUAUUUUGAAUAAAAAAUAGAUCUUAUAAUUGAAGUAUCAUAGAAGUGCUGAGAGAAAAACAGUCAUAAGAAAGAAAGCUGUAAUGUGUAAUUGCCUAAUUCUGAAACAUGACAUGUUAAUACAUGUAAUAUCAGUGUAAAUUAACAGUGUAAAUCUAAUAGUAUAUGGUAUUUUUCUAUACAUUUGCUGGUAUGUUUAAUAUACUGUUUUGCUCAGAGCUUGGGGUAUGAGGUACAGUAUACCUUUUUAAAGGUUUCACAGAAACAUCUCAAAAAGCAUGUGAUCACAGUUACUGAACUUUGAUGACAAUAUUGCCUGAGAUUUUUGCCUGUUAAUGUAAUAGACUCAGAUACGUUUUGUGAGUGGGUUUGCUUCAUUUUGUUCAAGGCUUUUGUCUUGCUGAGAUUGUGAGAACAAUUUCAUUAAUUUUCACUCUAUAAUUUCCAUGCAAUAUUCCAUAUAUUGUAUGGUCAAAGACUAUCCACUACAUGUUGAUUUUGAAACCAUGAUUUGUAAUAAGUAAAUUAAAGUUAUUUACAUGA